GUGAUUAUACCCGAGAUUUACAACCCAAAAGGUAAAAGGAAGGGAGAGAGUUUUGGGAAUAAAUAAAGCUGAGAAGCUGAGGAGAGACAUGGCACAGCAGGAAGGGGAGAGAGAGAAUGUGAAACUCCUUCACAUGCAUCGUCUCUCUCUCUUUCUUUGUAGAUUUAUGUGUGUGAUCAGGGUUCAGAGUAUCUUCUUAGUGCCUCACGCUUAAUUUCAUGUAGAAGCCAGUGCACCCAGCUAUAAAAGGCAUGUCCCAAGGAGCUCUCACUUUGGAUAUGGGAACUUUGGCUAUUGAUGAUGAUAUUGCAGGCUCAGAUCUUUACCUCGCCUUGGGACUAAAAGAAUUGGGCAAAGGGGUUAUAGGAACCCCUCGGGUUUUAUUGCUUCUUUCUUCUCUUCUUGAGAGAUCUGUUCAGAAAAAUGAGACAUUACUGGAGACAGCACAAAUCAAAGAUGCCAUUACAAUAUUUCAUGGCUCAAGAGCUCCCACUCUGAGUGUUCGACAAUAUAUUGACCGCAUUUUCAAGUACUCAGGCUGUAGCCCAUCCUGCUUUGUUGUUGCACACAUUUAUGUGGACAGAUUCCUACAACACACUGAUGCUCAUUUAACUUCCCUCAAUGUUCACCGGCUUCUGAUCACAAGUGUGAUGGUGGCAGCAAAGUUUGUAGAUGAUGCAUUCUUCAACAAUGCUUACUAUGCCAAAGUGGGGGGAGUAAGCACAGCAGAGCUGAACAGACUGGAGAUGAAGUUCUUGUUUAGUCUAGAUUUCAGACUUCAAGUUACGGUUGAGACAUUUAGGAGUUACUGUUCACAAUUGGACAAAGAAGUUGCUGGAGGGCUGCAGAUUGAACGGCCAUUCCAAGCUUGCGGAAUUAAAGGAAGCUGGUCAAGCAAAGAGGAUUCUUGUGCUUCCACAAUUGCAAGAUGAAGAUGUUCUAUCAUUUCAUUGUAUCAUAAAAAACCCAAGGUUUGCUAAAAUACAAUCAUGUUAGGAUCUGGAUGCUGAAUACGUACCUCAUGUGACUGCAACCAGUGUGCCUUAGAUUUUGUGUCUUUUUCUACACUAUGUGUUUUCCCUUGCAGGUUCCUACUCUUCUGAUGGUUUUUCCCUCUCUGGUUUUGAGUCCUUAAUACAAAUAAUGUAAAUACACAAUGAGGAACUUCAUUAGUAGAGAAUAGAUUGUUUCAAUGUCUGGUUUUCGUUUC